GGGAUCCAGUCACUGGCGCUCAUGUCUCGCCCAUAUCUCUUUGUCUUUGCUCAAGCACACGAUGAAUUCAGAAUACCAGAACUGCUGUCUAUAGCUGAUCUGUACGGUUUUAAGCUCAGCAUCCCGGAGGACUUCGACAGCUCGCGGCCGUUCUCUGUCUUGCAGCUCGAAGAGGAAGAACAUGCGAUACUGCUGGCGAGGAGAUGUAUCUUGAUCAAGUCGAUUUAUGAGUUUUACGCCCGCGGUGCCACAUACGAAGACCUUCACGCACUCAACGAAAAACACGGCCGCUCGAAAUGGGAGAAAUAUAUCCCUAACACGUCAUUCAAAUUCUUCGUGAAUGGAUACAACCAGUCUAUUCCACAGCGAAGACAACGUGAAGUCGUCGAGAGCUUCUCGUAUAUGGAUUUCCUGGGAAAGAUCGACAUGAAAAAUCCCGAGGUAGUGAUGGGUUGUUUCGAGGAAUACGCUGACACGAAAGGGACGACAAGACAUAAGCAUGAAGGAGACGGGAACUUCAAGGAGGUUUUCUUUGGCAGGUUGGUAGAAGAGGGCUCUGCGCGGUCUCUAAUUAAGAAGUUCGAUGUCAAAAAGAGAGCUUAUUUCGGGAACACGAGUAUGGAAGCCGAAAUUUCAUUGCUCAUGGCGAACCAGACUCUAGCUUCUCCAGGCAAGCUUGUCUACGAUCCAUUCAUCGGUACCGGUAGCAUGGCAUAUACAACAGCGCACUUUGGAGCCUUCGUCUUUGGUUCAGAUAUCGACGGCCGUCAAAUGCGAGGAAAAGAGACACGCCCAGGCAUCAUACGAGCGUCAGCGCAGUACGGUGUCGAGCAGCGCAUCAUCGACUUAUGCACCUUCGACGUAACACGCAAUCCAUGGCGAUGUGGCGGCUUGUUUGAUGCGAUAAUUACUGAUCCGCCUUAUGGUGUUCGUGCUGGUGCAAAACGUCUUGGGCGGAAGAAGGAGCGCGAACGAACGACGACUCCAGCGGUACACAUACCACGCCCUGAUGAUCAACCCUACGUUCCACCGACAAAACCCUACGAACUGUCUGCCCUCGCCACAGACCUCGUUCUCCUGGCCCGCUACCUCCUCAAACCCAACGGCCGACUGGUUUUCUUCCUUCCCACAGUAACGGAUGAAUAUCAAGAGGUUGAUAUAUCGACCAUGAUGUGCGAGGGGAUGGAGGUUAUCGCGAAUUCCUUGCAGGACUUUGGGGCGUGGGGCCGACGGCUCGUUACGAUCCGAAAGAUUACAUCAGAGACUUACCACCCGCCUGAAUUCGAGCCAGUAGCGAACGACACAGCAAAUAAGAAAGAGGGUGAGCACGUUCCUGCGCAUCGAGACUUCAGAGAGAAGUAUUUUUUGGGAUUCAAGAAAGACUCUGAGAGUGAAUCAAGAGAGGCUUUGGACCCAGGGGUCAGUCGAGACUCAAAAGCAUAAAUUGCAGAAGAAACACGUUGUUCAUUCGGAAGUAAAGACAGCAACACGCCUGUACCACUACACUGUAACAUUUUGUCUCCAUCAAACUAGAAAAAGUGCCGAAUAUCUCAGGCUCGAGUCCCCACACUAGCGCCUGUCUUUUUCCACGUAUUUCUCUUCAUAAAUUUCAUCCUCAUCCUCAACCUCAGGAAAGCGACAGCCAACUUGCACUUUACCACCUUUCUCGACCACAGCAUAGUACAUCCCCUUCAAUCCUGGGCCAGGCUUCGCGGCCCACGGAUGUUGCACCAUACCACACGACAUCGACCCCAGACCAUCGCGUUCUUCGGAAAGAGGGUUGAGUCCGAGUUCGGAUGGUGUCAAAAGGUUCUUCACUGGGGUUCCGUAUCGUGACAGGCCACGGGUGCCCAACGAUAGCUCGAAUACCUCAUCGUUCAACAUGGUGGUAAAGAAAGCACUGGUCAGUCGUGACCUUGCGGCCGCCUCUCCGUCUGAUGCAUCGCGUUCAGAGAUGGCGAGCAAGGGCCAGCCGUUGACAUACACGUCGCGCACGAUAUCUAUCGAUGCUUGUUUGGUGCGAGGAGACAAGCUGGCGAAGAUGUAGCGUGCAUCGACAUCUGUGAUGUAAGAAGCGAUCUUGAUGAGGAUUUCAGAAGGGAGGGUGUCGAGGAUGCCGGCGUUCGUGAAGAGGGUUUCAGGACUCGUAUCCUCGGUGCUGAAAGCUAGACGUCCCACCGCAUCUGGGUCGGGCAGGUAUGAUAGACGGCCAAGGGCCGUGAUACCCGGGGUCGAUGGAGAUGUGGCGUACCAGGAUGGCAGGAAUGGGAGAGCGUGGGUGUGGGUUACUGUGAAUGCCGCAUCUGCGCUAGAAUUACGGUCUAUGCGGACGAUGGCGAGGUGAUAGCCAGAGAAGAUGAUGGAAUAUAAGACAUCUGGACCUGUAUUAUCAGGUUUCUCGAGCAUGGCCUUGUUACAGACCUCGACGACAGCAGCACGUAACGUCUCGUCGUCGUCAAUGUGGAGAUGCAUGUGCAGGAAGACGUCUCGUCUGAGCCAGUUAUCGACCUCGAGCCUUUUCUUGUCUUGCUGCGCUUCCUCGUCGUAGUUCGCGAAGGACAUGGGAUACAUAGCCCAGAGCAUCAUAUCUCUCAUGACAGAGAGUAUGCGCGAAUCGGGGCCAUCUGAAUCGCCCACCUCGUCGACGUGGCUAUACGUCUCCAGCUCCUUAAAGUCGUGACCCGACCUAUACGAGCCUAUCUCUACGCCCACCAUGACCUCCAGAACUCGGAUCCUGACUCCCUCUAGGUGGGACAAACCAGAGGCUACACCAAGAAGAUCAUGAACCGCCUCGGAUCCUACCAUAACAGGAGCUUGUCCACUGCUCAACUGCGCGUAUUCAUCCACAACGGACGUCUCAACCGCGCGCGGGGUAGCUUUCCGGUUAUAACGAUACUGCUCGGGGGUAUCCGAGGUACAAGCACGAUGCCCGUAACUAUCUUGCCCGAUCGAAGUGAUAAAGAUGUCCCGGCUAGGGGGCAUGUUGUCGAGGCGGAACAGCGGGAAAGUGUCGACGUGGAAGACGAGCCUAUCGAAGUCGAGCUCGUAGACCCAUUCGAUGAAGAGGGUGUUGGUCGGCUGGAUGGCGGAUAUGGUAUAGUCGCCCAUUUCGUUCAAGCGGGUGAAUCCGUGCUUCAUCAUGACCUUGCGUAAGGUCGCAUCGUCUGCGUCUUCGGAAAGCUUCAGACGUUUCUUCAUCUCAGUUAUGAAAGCAUUCAGCCGUGCUCUCUCACGCUUGAUGUAUUUUUCGAGUUUUUCAGGAUCAUUACGAGGUAUCCGAGCAUGCAGCAUCGCGCCGAGACAUCUUGGAUAGCUGUCGCAGUGGUUAUAGACAUAGAAGUAGAGUCUCUUGUACCUGUAGACGAUAUAUCCUCG